AUGAACCAGAAGGUGUUAGUUUUUCUUCUCCUAAAUUUUUUUUUGGGGAUAUUUCUUUUUGGCUUUUUCUGUAAGAGACAAAAAGACCUAACAGGUGCUUUUCCUGAUCCCACUGCAGAUUGGCUGGCAAUUCAAAAUGAUCGCAAAAGCACACUGGCUUCUGUCUGCCUGAAGAACAACCUUCUUAAAUUAAGAAGCAAAUUGGAUUCUCGUGUUGCAACCCAGCAAUUUGUGGAGCACAAACAUAAAUUUAUCUACUGUGAGGUGCCCAAGGUAGGGUGCUCCAAUUGGAAGAGAACUAUUUUUCUUCUCCAAGCAGACUUGAAUGUGGAAGCUUCCGAAAUUGAGCAUGACCACAUCCACCAAACCUCGCUGAUCAAAAAGCUGGUGACUUACCCUCCUGCCGUACAAAAGGAAUUUCUGAACAAUUACACCAAAGUGAUGUUCACCAGACAUCCCUUGGAACGGCUGGUUUCAGCUUACAGAGACAAACUUCUGCACUCUGAGCCAUUCUACAGCAUCACUGUCGCUAAUGAGAUUAGGGCAAUGUUCAGGAAAAACAAAAAUUCUUCUGAAAAAGUGAGUUUCCAGGAGUUUGUCAGCUUCAUUAUAGCAAAACCACCAAAUACCCUUGACAUUCACUGGAAACCAAUGUUUCUGCUCUGUGAUCCUUGCAACAUUCACUAUGAUAUUCUGGGUAAGUAUGAAACUCUUGGGUUAGAUUCUGAGCAUGUUCUGAAGGUCAUCGGAGCACCAGAGAGCCUCCACUACCCCAGCUUGAAGAGGUAUGGCUCAGAGAAACGAACUAAUGGUGACAUCACCUUGGAGUAUCUCAGACAACUGAACUCAGAACAAAUUGAGAAGAUAAAAAAAUUGUAUGAAAUGGAUUUUUUCUUGUUCAACUAUACUAUGAAAUAUGAAGAUUAUUUUUCCCUGAAUGACUAA